CCAGUGACAUUCCAUCAGUUUUUAUUACUAAAUCUUUAAACUUUUCCGAGGAAUUGUUGGAAUUGAUUAGUAAUAACACAUGUCAAAAUCUUAGGAAUAAAUAUCUUUUUUUAUUAUUACACGGCGAGUUAGAGAAAUUUGACCUAAACGUGUUGACUGCAACUUUUUUUCCCUUGCUGCUUCUCGUCUUGCCUCAGAGGUAAGAGGCAGUUUUUUUGCAGAGGAUGCUGGCGUGGUGAGGCGUCAGCUCUGGUCGGACAGGAGGCAACAGAGUUACGCUGCAGCGAUCUUUGGGACUUUUUUAUCCUGCAGGGGAGGGGGGAAAAAAACUUCCUCCAACAGACCGACUAGGAGAAUAUCCAUCUACAUCACCUGGAAGCACAUGUAAAAUAAUUUUCCUCCCCAUUACCGUAUCCAUCCCGAGCACCGUGCGCCUUUGGUGCGCCCCGCGGAGCGACAGAUGAGUCCUCUCCGUCGCAUCAUGUGGAUUACUCUGGGGCUUGUUUUGGCAGCUGGCAUCACUGACGGGAGCUGGGGAUGCCAGUUGCCCCACGACUGGAGACCGCAGACGGAAGCGUGCCGCGCUGAGCUGGCGGAGAUCAUCGUGUUUGCCAAAGUGCUGGCUCUGCACAAAGAGUCCUACAGCGUGUACAACUACCUGCCGUGGCAGCACGACACCGACCUGCUCUUCUCCGCAGAGAUCGAGCUGCUGUGCGACCAGUCCUGGGGCAGCAUGCUGGAGGUGCCCGCAGGCUCCAGGUUCAACGUCAGCGGCCUGGGAUACUUACCGUGCUUCACCUACAGCGUCACCGAAAACAACAACUACUACUUCUUUCUGAGGAUGGAUGAAAACUACAACAUCAUUCCACAUGGAGUUAAUUUCCAGGACCCCAUAUUCCCCGACACUCCAGAGAACCACCGCAUGUUUGCCAGCCUGUUCCAGUUUUCCAACUGCACACCUGGAACUCAAGUCCACAGUUUCACCCCGGAGUGGGAGGCUCAAGAGGACAGCCGGUUGUUGUGCUCCACGGUUCAGAAAGCUCUGUUUGAAGAGGAAGAGAGGGUAAGGACUCUCUCUCAGAGAGUGCGUACUUUGGAGAAAGCCAAUGGCCACCUGAAGGAAAAGGUGAAGACUUUGAAACGUCUUCUACGUCUGGCCCAACGAGAAACGACAAAGGAGCAACAAACUCUAAGCCUUAAACAACUCCAUGAGUCAAAGAUGCCCCAAACUCACCCUGACCAAGAGACCACCCAGGAUCAAAAGAAUCAAGAGCUCAAAAAGGUCCCUCCAAAGAAGCUAAAAGCCAAGGUGUCCCUUUUUUAAGCAAUAACAGAAAGAGCUAUUUCAUGCUUCAUGUCUUCAGUGUUAAACCACAUGCUUUAUCUUUUGAUGACUUGUUUUCUCUUCUAGUGCUGGACACAUCAUGCAUCGUAUCAAUAUCACACCCUUGUCUAUGCAGAACAUGGUAUAUACUAAUGUGUUAAUUGUGAAAAUAUUCAGACAAAUGGCUAGAAUGACGCUGUCUCAUAAUUCAGUGCUUUGUGAAAUUUUGUUGAGCAGGUUUUUCUUCAAAGCAUUUCUGAGGAAUUACACAAAUCUACAGGUUACUAGGCAAAAACCAAGGGGAGCAAAUGUCUUCUACUGAUGCUAAUCAGAUCGUCAACAUUUAUAGGGCAUGGUCUUUAACUCCCCAUUACAGGGUUGUUACUAUAGUACGGAUUCUUUAUAAUAGUUUUAUUGAUCUCACAAUGGAGAAAUUCACCUUUCCAUUGGGGAGCAGUGGGCUGCCACUGUGCGGCGCCCGGGAAGCAAUCUGGGGUUAAGGGUCUUGUUCAGAGAGCCAGAGUGGCAGUCUGCGGGAGUUGAACUCAGAACCUCCAGGACCCAGGCACAAUGCUGUAACCACAAGGCCACCACCUCCCACUUAACAGUUUAAUCCUGUCCCGUAGUGACCCAAUUUCAUGCUUUUCAGUCUAUCCAAUAGCAACGCAUCAUUUUACUAGACCAUUAUGGUUACCUAAUGCUUACUACCACUUUUCAGUAUCUUACUCCCUCAGUUUGCUUCCUCAAGAAAUUUGGUUUUUGCAGUUAUUCCGUUAAUGUAUUGACAGAAAGCUUGUGUUAUCAAAUCAAAUAAGUAUUUAUCAGUGUUAACACCAGUCAAUUAUUUUUUUAAUUAUUAUUAUCAUUUGGUUCUGGAACCAACUUUGAUUGAAACCAACAUAGAAAAUGUAACAUAUUGACACAUUUGUACAACAAACUUGCGGUAGGUUUUCUCAACGGUUGUUCCGCAAUGUUGCUAAAAUCGUGUCUGUUCUUGUGAACUCUAAGCCGGGAUGCAUUGGUUACACCCCCAGUUGUUGAAAUACAGAUAUUGGCAUUGUUUUUUUGAGACACGACUACCUGUUGUUCUAUCCUUGAGGUCACGUGUGACAUAGUGCCAUAAAUAUGUACUGUGCCUUUUCUUCAUGAAUUAUUGAUGAAAAAUUAUUUCAAAUCCGUCCUUUUCUAAAUUAUUUUUUAAAGUUAAAGCUUGUCUCUACACAAAAUAUACAGAUAUAAUUUUUUGUUUGUUUUAUUUUGUUUUUAACAUUGGAAUUUCCCUACUUUGGCUUGCUGUUGCUAAAAUCACAGCACACUAUUUCUCUUAAUUACUCUUUAAGUGAUUUUUUUUUCUCCCAAAAUUUUCUUUUGUGUUUGUAAUUUGCGUCCAAUUAAAGGAUGUUUUCUGUAUUUGGUGCAGAGCAUCAUUUAUCUCCAUCCAGUGAAGCUGGCAUGGUACAGGAUUUGUUUAUUAUGUGUCAGGGAUGAAGGUUGCCUUUAAGAAGCAUUCUGUGAUUGCUUUUGUUAUUGGUCUGCUUCCCUUAAACCAUCAACUUCUUGCUUUUCCAGUUCUGUAAGGCGGCUUUUUAAAAAAUAAAUUAUCUUUUUCAGAAACGUU